AUGAAGCAGGUGAAAGUUAAUGACGCUCAAAGAGAGAAUUAUGACGAGGAAGAGACGCGGGCGCCGGUCUUCACUCACACACAAUUGCAUCUAUCUAUCUAUCUAUCUAUCUAUCUAUCUAUCUAUCUCAUUAUCCUUCACAUCUAUCUAUCUAUCUAUCUAUCUAUCUAUCUAUCUAUCUAUCUAUCUAUCUAUCAUAUCUAUCUAUCUAUCUAUCUAUCUAUCUAUCUAUCUCCUAUCUAUCUAUCUAUCCCCAUAUCUAUCUCAUUUAUCUACAUGUCUUAUCUAUCCCCAUUUUCAUAUUUAAUCUACCUAUGUCUUCUUUCUCUUCCCCUGGAUUUUUUCUCCCCUCUCUUCGUCUCUCUCUUUUUUUCUUUUCAUCUCUCUCUCUCCCUCUCUAUCUUUUUCUUCCGCUCUUUCUCUCUCUGUCUCUCACAUUCUUUCUGUCUCUCUCUCCCCCUCGCUCUCUCUUUCUUUUCAUCUCUCUCUCUCUCUCUCUCUCUCUCUCUCUCUCUCUCUCUCUCUCUCUUUCUUUCCCGCUUUUUCUUUCUCUCUCUCUUUCUUUCUUUCUCUUCUGAAAAAAAAGUCGCUCUUUCUUUUCCGAUUUCUUUCUGUCAGUCUCUUCUCCGUCGAUCUUUCUUUCCCUCUUUCUCUCUCUCUCUCUCUUAUCUGAUUUUUUCCCGAUUUCACUCUUUUCUGUCGAAGAUAAAUUCAUUUCCUAUCUAUCUAUCUAUCUAUCUUCUAUCUGUCUGUCUCUCUUUGUCUGUCUGUUUUGUCUAUUCAUAUCUAUCUAUCUAUCUAUCUAUCUGUUCUAUCUGUCCAUAUAUUUAUCUUUCUAUAUCUUUCUUCAUAUCUAUCUAUUCAUCUAUCUAUCUAUCUAUCUAUCUAUCUAUCUAUCUGUCUCGAACAUCGCACAGCAAUAAACUGGCGCACAACAUUGCCUGCUUUCUCGACAGAACUACUUACAGCUUUGUUUCUACUGACGUUCUUCCUGCUUUGCCAAAGUAA